AUGAGGAAGUUUUUAAAGAAUGUUGGAAUGUUUACUGUAAUGGUGUUGGUAGCUUUGUUUGUGGUGGGAGUAACCGAAGGACAAAGGUUUGAGGAAGAGACUAAUGGUGGCAGUGAUGAGGAUGGCAAGGCAGGCGGUGAUAUUGGGGUUGGUGAAGGCACCAAGGCAAACAAUGUUGGUGGAAGAGGUGGUAAUGGGGAUGUUGAAGGUGGUGGUAGCGAUGCUAGGGUGGGCAAAGAUGGUGCCAUGCCAGGUGAUGGUGCUGGAGGUGGAGGUCGUGGUGGUGCUGGGGGUGCCCCAGGUGGAGGUGGCAAAGGUGGAGGUAGUGGAGAAGGUGGCAAUGGUGGAGGAAGAAUAGGUGGAGGUCAUGGGGGCGCCCCAAGUGGAGGUGGCCACGGUGGCGGUGGCAAGGGUUGUGAUGACAAAGGUAAAAGGGGUUGUGAAGGUAGUGGUACUGAGGGUGGGGAAGGUGGAGGUGGUGGUCCUAGGGGUGGCAAGGGUGGUCAUGUGGCAGGGGAAUGGUAA